GUUUGGGAGAGGAGCUGCACACUGAAUUCAGCUGCACUCAGAAGAUCAGACAGGUUCUCCUUCAAAGGGGAAGGGGGUGGGGGGUAGGAAAAACCAUUUAUUUAUUCCUGAAAAGAAGGGAGGUAGGAAAGAAAGAAACUAAUAUAUAGCUAGACAUACAUAUUUCACAGAAAAGGAUGCUUUGGAAGACUUUGCUUCUGCUGCUGUUCUAUUAUAGUGCUCAUGCCACUGUAAACUACAGAUGGAGUAGAGCUAUGCUUUACCCAGCUGCUCAACGGUUGAAGAGGUCCUCAGCUGCCUUCCUUAAUCCAGUGCUACAAAACUCCCUGGAAGAUGUGGUGCUGCUAUAUGAGUUUCUUUUAGCUGAGCUUGACAUUGACAAAGGUCAGAGGAUCUCCAUCAAAGAUGAGGAGCUGGCUUCGCUUAGGAAGGCUGCUGAGUUUGACACCAUCUGCAAUGAGGUCAUUCCCAAGAGCAUCACAGAGAUCCGCAGGCUGAGUAGCAGGCUGUCCUCUUACCCAAGAGUCCUCAAGAAAGAAGACUUUGAAAGGACAGUGCUGACCAUGGUCUACGCAGCCUACAGGGCUGCUCAGUCCCAGGGACACCAGAAGGACACUUGGGCGGAAUCCUUUGUCAAUCUUUACAAAGCACUGAAGAAUGACUUGAUGUUUCCAUACAACAAAGAGACAUCAUAGAAGGAGACUCGAAACAGCAGCUGCUCAGCCAUUUCUUCUGGUUGAUGAGGGGCACACUUAGCACGUCCACCCCUUCAUUCUAUGAAAGGUUUAACAGCCCGCUUCAUGAGAGAUUAUUUGUUUUCUAGCUCCCUCUUGUGGAAUUCACUUUAUAGAUACAUGUUAAAUGGGGAAAAAGCUUGUCUUCAAUCUCCCCAGUUUUUGUUUGUUUGUUUGUUUGUUUGUUUUGUUGUUGUUCUUUUUUGUGUUGGCUUUGAGGCAUUUUCUGUAAAAGGAAAAUAAGGAAGUCUGGUGUAUAUCCCAGACAGGUAUGCCCUUAUUUCAUCUGUGUGUUUCUUAUAAGCAAUGUGCACGUGUGCUGGAGAAUGCUGCUUUCCUCGCUGAGGAAAUAACUUCAUAUUUCAGCUGCUCAGUAAAAGAAUACUAAAAAGAGAUGCAAAGGCCUUCUGUAAAAGGAAGAGGUUUCAUAACUGUCAGCCUUCAGAAAUUAUGGAAAAUAUAUGCAUUCCAAAUAUUCCUGUAAACAAGCACUGUCUGACUCACUUCAUUUGGCUGAGCCAGUUUUUAAUCACAAUAACAUUCGCAGAAAACAAAGGGCAUUGUGACUACCAGCAGCAAACAAUGCCUGUGAACAUAUUCCCCAGUCCCCAGAACCACCCUCCCAAUGUCUUUCAUUAUUUGCACAUGACUUUGCUUCUGCUCCUUUAUUUUUGAGUUGAACAUGGAUUUAUCCUCUGUGGAGUAAAAGGCAAAACAAAAGCUCUAUUUAAUUUAAUGAUGACAAUUUAUUUUCUGAUUCUAUCACUUGAACUUAGAUCAUCUAAAUCAGUGUGUCAGAAUCCCUCUGAGGAAGGGGAAGAAGGUGGAUUAAAACAUACAUGGUGCUGAAUUCAUCAGUGUGGCUCAUUUCUGAUUGUAAAUUAUGUUGUUCACCUGUGUAUAUGUGUGUGUGUUUGUGUGAGUGCAUGAAGAGUCUUAUUUUAUUCACUCAGGAAAUAAUUAUAUCCAAGCACCUGGAAGGAAAGGCUUUUCUUCAGUCUGGUGGUGGGAAUAGUAAAUGUGGGAGCAGAGGAAAAGCAGUACUUGUUUAUAGCAAAGCCUGUUUGUAGAAGUCGUGCAACAGAUUGUUAUAAACUGUUAAAGAAAAAGUGUGGAGACUGUGGCUUUAAUGGACAGAGAAAGGAACGACAUCUUGUGACAGAAAUGGCAAACAAUGAAGGAUCCAAACUCUUCAUACUUUGUCCACAGGUUAUAUGGAUACUGGUUCUCUACUGGCGUUCGAGUUGUUUCUGCUUCCACAGUGUAAGAAAGAGAUGAGCAUACCUCAUCCUUUUAUACCAGCACUCUUUCUAUUUACAUAAUUUCUUAAGGAGAAAAAAAGCAAACCAAAACUGAGGCUGUAAAGGAUGACUGAGGAUACCAAAUCAGUUCCUGAGACAUGUUUAAUUGCUUCUGCAUCACAGCUAUGAUGUGCUUCCAUACAUAGGGUGGGGUACUGUGGGUGCCCCAUCUCUGGAGGUUUUCAAGCCAGGUUGGAUGGGGCCUUGGGUGGCCUAAUCUAGUGGAAAGUGUCCCUGACCACAGCAGGGGUAUUGGAACUCUAGGGGCUUUGAGGUCCCUUCCAACCCAAACUAUUCUGUGAUUCUAUGAUUCUAUAAUCUGGGCAAAUGGAGCAAUAAGAUCUACAUCUCUUAACAGGAAUACUCCAAGGCCUGGAGAAAAAAAAGCCCAUCCAAAGCCAUUUAAAAAGAAACACUCAAUCAGUCAAAGCACACUGGGUUUGGCAAUUGCUUGUGGGAAUGGGGGCUCACAGCAGCCUUAGGGACAGGUUGAAAAUGGCAAGAACAUCUGGAAAAAUGGCAUAUGAAAGUCAGAAUCAAUCUUUUUUGUUGUUAGCAGUUUCACUAUGAGCAUGCAUGAGUACACACAGUUGCAGGUACAUACACAUGCGUAGUUUCGCUUUUGCAUCUGAAGGCUUUUGGUGGUCAUUUUUGACAUCUGGCAGGUAUACUUCAAAGGAAGCUGAAAAUCUUAGCUACAAA